AUGAGGGAAAGUGGGAAAGAAAGUAUGAGAGAGAGCGGGAAAGAAAGUAUGAGAGAGACAUUUCUUAAUUCGUUCCUGUCUCUGUACCCUGUAAUAAACGCUUUACAAACAUCCACUGAUCCCAUGGAUGUAUCAGAGUCCGCUGUGUUUUUAAUAGGAUUACUUCUGGCAAUUUCACACAUAGCCAUUAGCAUAGCUCGUUCAAAAAAUAUACGGAAUAAUAAUCCUAAUUUCCUACCAAAAACUCAUAUCAUUAUGGUGCUGGAACUUACGGAAGAUGUUUGUAAAAACGCGAACGACAGUGCAAGACGUUUGUUUCAACGAUACAUGGAACAAUUUUCCACGUUUUAUGGAGUAUUAAUUAUAUGGACUUAUGCGACGGGAAUGACAUUUAUUUUGAAAGCACUCAUCAUGUCCGAUCCUUAUCCAUUGAACGCUAUAUAUCCGUUUCGUGUUGAUUAUCAACCAUUGAAGACCAUCAUAUUCUUGCAUCAAUCAUUAUACAUCUGUAACGUUAGCGGCAACUCGUCAGUUAACGUGUUUUGCGGUUUUCUGUUGUUCUUCGCUGCAGCUCGUUUCGAGAUAUUGAAAAUGAAACUACGCAAUGUUAAAAACACCGAAGACUUGAUAAUACGCAUGGAAGAGUAUUAUGUUGUGAAGGAGUAUGCGAAUUUUGCGGUUAAUAUUGUGAAAUUUGUAGCUCCAUGUGCCGUAAUCUUGGCUGUUGUAGCACUAUUGAUGUGUGGCAUGAAUUUAUUACAACCACAACCGCUUACUGUGAAGAUGCAAUACCUAUCAGUGGCUGUAACCGUAGGAGUUACGAUUUUUAUGUUUGCCUGGCCUGCUGAUAAUCUUUUAUAUCAGACUGCUUAUCAAUGUAGACCGUGCAAAAGUAGAUAUUUACAGAGAAAUUUACCACAUAAAAAGCACAUAAAAAGCAGCAAAUGGAAUAAUACGUACACCUGA